CACUGUAGAUGACGCAUCUGAUAGUAUGUAGUAAUCGGUAUGAUACAUGUCACGUAAAGAAAACAAUAAUGAUCAAGUAAAGUGGUCUUUUUAAUAUAAACUAAACUAUCGAUAUACGAUAAGAAAAGAUAAUUAGAACAUCAAUAACAACUAUUGACUAUAUUGCAACUUUAUAUGUAUGUAAAUUAUUUUAUUAUUUUGGUUAGAAAUGACUAAGGCGACGCAAGAUUACGUUCCAGAGAUACCAUUGUAUGAAAAAGAUAAUAAAAAGUUAGAAGAGAAUUUCCAGAAUGAAGAAAAUAAAAGUACAGAUUUAGAAAAAGAGCUAUUAAAUCAUGUAGCUAACAGUAAAGCUAUUUUUAAGAGCCAACAAAAGGAUGAUCCAGAUUUAAAUUUUGAAGAAAAGUUGACUAUUGCACGUAAUUUAUUGAAAAAAAGUUAUUGUUUAUUUUUGUGUAAAUUUGGACAUUACAUGAAAAAAGAACAUUUAAAGUACUUCGAAAGAAGUAAAGACGAAGACUAUGAGGUUGCUUAUCAUAUUAAAAGAUUACAAAGAUAUUUCAAUAAUUCAACAAGACAUACAGAUGUAAGAAACAGAAGGUAUCAAGCUUUGAAAAGUUUAAUAAACCAGGGAGAAUACUUUAGCGAAUCUGAGAUGAUGAAACGAAAUCCACUGUUAUAUGAACAUUUGGUUGGUCGAUAUAUGACUGAAAAGCAAAAAAAAAAGAGGGACAAUAUUGAUACCAAGAAUAUUACUUUCGUAAAUCUUUUAAUGGAGAAUAUUGAAAGAGAUGCAUUAAAAAAGAAACAAAAAUUACAAGAGGAAGAAGAACAAAAUGCAAUAGAAGAAACUGAAUCAGAUGAAGAAGAAGAUGAAACUCCGGUUCCAAAGCAAUCCAGUAAUAAUGAAUUAAAAACUUUAGGAUGGGGUACAAUACCUACCAUAGAAGAUUCGAUAAAACAUCAGACAGAAGCAAAGUCAUCAAAUACAAGCUUGUGUAGUAUAUCAAAAACAGAGAAACAAAUACUAAAGCAAGAAUUUGUGAGUAAUAUGUAUCUGAGCUUUUUGGAAGGAAAAGAUUCCGAUUUUGAUUACAGUGCUGUGGAUGAAAAUGAGGCAUAUGAUAAUAUAGAUCUAAGAACACAAGAUGAAGAAGAGAAGUAUUUUGAUUCAGAAUCUCCCGAAACUGUAGGUCCAAUAGAAAAUACAAAUGGAGUUGAGUCUGAGGAUGAAUUGGAUGUAUAUAUGAAAUCAUUGAAGCCAAUGACACCUGCCAUAACUGGAGUGGAAGAGCAAGAGAAAUUACUUGAGGAUGCAAUCGGAGUGGUUAAAGUACAAGCCUUCCAGAUGAAACAUUGCUUGGACAAAUCCAAGUUGAUGGAUGCAUUAAAACAUGCAUCUACAAUGUUGGGGGAACUUAGGACUUCGCUUUUGAGUCCAAAGAGUUAUUACGAACUAUAUAUGACUAUUACAGAUGAGUUAAGACAUUUAGAACUUUACUUGUUAGAUGAAUUUCAAAAAGGAAGAAAAGUCACAAAUUUGUAUGAAUUGGUACAAUAUGUUGGCAACAUUGUGCCUAGGCUGUAUUUGCUUAUCACAGUUGGAUUAGUAUAUAUCAAAACAACACCAGGUUUAAAAAGAGAUUUAUUAAGAGAUUUGGUAGAAAUGUGUAGGGGUGUUCAACAUCCUUUAAGGGGACUUUUUUUAAGGAAUUACCUGUUACAAUGUACUCGUAAUAUUUUACCAGAUGUUGCUGAAGGAGAUGAUGAGGAUGGAAGUGUUCGUGACAGUAUAGAUUUUGUCUUAAUGAACUUCGCAGAAAUGAAUAAAUUAUGGGUGCGCAUGCAACACCAAGGUCAUAGUAGAGAUAGAGAGAGAAGAGAGAGAGAAAGGGAGGAACUUCGAAUUUUAGUUGGAACUAAUCUUGUACGGCUCAGCCAGUUGGAAUCAGUAACUCUAGAUAAAUAUAAAAAGCUUGUUUUACCAGGAAUAUUGGAGCAAGUAGUGAGUUGCAGGGAUGCAAUUGCUCAAGAAUAUCUUAUGGAAUGCAUAAUACAAGUUUUUCCUGACGAGUUUCACUUACAAACGUUAAAUGCAUUUUUAAAGUCCUGUGCUGAACUGCAAAAUGGUGUAAAUGUAAAAAAUAUAAUAAUUUCUUUGAUAGACCGUCUUGCAGUAUUUAGUCAAAGAUCAGAUGGCGUGGGAGGACCAGGAAGUCCUAAUCAAGCACCAGGUAUACCACAAGAUGUAAAGCUCUUUGAUGUUUUUAGCGAUCAAAUUGCAACUAUCAUACAGACUAGACAAGAUAUGCCUCCAGAAGAUGUGGUUUCUCUACAAGUAGCUCUCAUCAAUUUGGCACACAAGUGUUAUCCUGACAGAGUAGAUUAUGUGGAUAAGGUGUUGUUAACAACUGUUCAAAUAUUCCAGAAACAAAAUGUAGAUAAACUCGAGUAUAACAGUGCAGUCUCAAGGGAACUAGUAAGAUUAAUGAAGAUUCCAAUAGAUAACUAUAAGAAUAUACUAACAGUUUUGAAACUUGAACAUUUCGCACCAUUAUUAGAGUAUUUCGACUAUGAGGGUAGAAAAUUGUUAGGUAUUUAUAUAAUAACAAAUAUUUUGGAAAAUGAGACAUUGAUACCGACCCAAGAACAAGUAGAUGCAGUGCUUUCUAUGGUAUCCCCACUGGUACAAGAUCAACCGGAUCAGCCUAAUAUAGAGGAAGAUCCAGAAGAUUUUGCAGAAGAACAAGGUCUACUUGGUAGAUUAAUACAUCAUUUUAAGUCUGAGACAGCCGAUCAACAGUACAUGAUAUUGAGUGCUGCUAGGAAACAUUUCAGUGUUGGUGGAAAUAAGAGAAUAAAGUAUACUUUACCACCAAUUGUUUUCCAGGCUUAUCAAUUAGCUUUCACUUAUAAAGCAUUGAAGGAUCAAGAUGAAAUGUGGCAAAAGAAAUGUCAAAAAAUAUUUCAGUUUUGUCAUACAACUAUUACUGCAUUAAUGAAAGCAGAAUUAGCUGAAUUGCCAUUAAGGCUGUUUCUUCAAGGUGCAAUAGCGAUAGGAGAAAUUCGUUUUGAUAAUUUCGAAAUGGUUGCUUAUGAAUUCAUGAGUCAAGCAUUUUCUAUAUACGAAGAUGAAAUAAGUGAUUCUAAAGCUCAACUGGCAGCAAUUACAUUGAUCAUUGCAACUUUCGAGCAGAUGAGUUGUUUCAGUGAAGAAAAUGCAGAACCAGUACGCAAUCAAUGCGCUUUAUAUGCGAGUAAGUUAUUAAGGAAACCAGAUCAAUGCAGAGGUGUUGCCACAUGUUCUCAUAUAUUUUGGUCUGGAAAAUCAUUGGCAACAGGAGGGAAAGAAAUGCAAGAUGGAAAUAAAGUGCUAGAUUGCUUAAAAAAAGGUAUUAGAAUAGCGAGUCAAUGUAUGGAUACAUCGGUUCAAGUGCAGCUUUAUGUUGAAUUACUGAAUCAUUAUAUUUACUUCUACGAAAAAGGAAACACAAUCGUAACCGUCCAAAUUUUAAAUCAAGUAAUUGCAAAAAUCAGAGAAGAACUCCCAAACUUAGAAGUCAGUGAAGAAACAGAACAAAUCCAAAAACAUUUGGCCAACACAUUAGAACAUUUAAGAAACAGGAUGGAAUCUCCAGAAGCUGAUGGUCUUUCUUAUCAAGGACUCUUCUUUUAAUAGAAGAAUUACAAAUGACAAUUUUGUACAUAAAAAAAAUUAUCCUAUUAUUUCACGGAAUAAUUAAAAAUUCUAAACUUAAACGCUUAUUAGGUAUAAAUUAUUACCAUUUAAAUAGCAUCCAUUUUUCUGCAACAAUGAAAUUCUGAAUAAUGUAUUGAAUAUAAUUUGUUAAAUCAUAAAACAUAUGUAUAUUUGUUUUAAUAAAAGUUUGAUGUAUAGGAUUUUGGUAAUUUAUAAUACACGAGACUGACUAUCAAGUGAAUAAAAUAUGAAUAUAUCUGAAUACAAUUACUUUUUUUUUACAAUUAAUUAAUAGUUAAUUUAUAAGUCAAAUUCUUUUACGGAUGUACAAUGGCUUGUCUGUAAUACCAAGUACUUUACAUAUGUAUUGUCAGCCAAUAAAAUAUGUGCAAAUAUAUAUGUUUUUUUAACA